CAGCUGGUGUGAGGAUGCUCUGCUCUGGGGAAUUACUGUACAGGAAAUUGGACGUAAAAUGUCAGAAUAAUCACAUAUCUGAGGUGGAGGACACCAGGCUGUGGCUUGAAACAGGAAUGACAAGUGACAACCAGUGAAAAGUCCUACAGUUAAGACUUCAGCAGAGGAGGACACGAGAGCAGCUGGCAGACCAAGGCAUCAUGCCUCUAAACCAUGGUAAGUUCCCCAAGCAGGAGGACUCUUAUGCUUUUGAGGAAGACAGCAGCAGUGAGAGUCUGUCUCCAGAGCAGCACCACAGUGAUGAGUCGCAGGGCUCGGCCUGCCCUUCAUCGGAGGCUGUCGGCAGUACGCCCUCCUCCUCAUCCUCACCUUCAUUAACCGGCCCACGACAGGGAGGUGCAACCAGAGACCCACCUGAUCAAGGUCAGGAGGAAGGGCUGUCUGGUGCCAACAACAGCCAGGCUUCCCCCCCAAUACCUGUUCCUGCUAUUGUCAAGUCCAAGACUUCAGACAAGAACCGACACAAGAAGCCCAAAGAUGUGAAGCCGAAGGUGAAGAAGCUCAAGUACCACCAGUACAUUCCUCCGGACCAGAAGGCAGAGAAGUCCCCUCCGCCCAUGGACUCAGCCUACGCCCGACUCCUCCAGCAACAGCAGCUCUUCCUGCAGCUGCAGAUCCUCAGCCAGCAGAAACACGCUCACACACAUCCACAGUCACAGCAGCACUCACACACACACACUCCACAGACACAGGCCCAGGCCCAGGCCCAGCAGCGGCAGCCCUCUUUUAGCUACCAGCCUCACCCAGCGACCCAAACCCAGAAAGGAGCCAGUGAGCACCUGUCAGCUGGAUGCUCCAGCGGUCCAUCCAGUAACUCCUCCUCCCCAGUCAAGAACACGUACGCCAACCAAAGCAACAUCUCACCGGUCCAACCUGGGCCCCUUCCAGCUAAUCUGGAUGACCUAAAAGUAUCAGAGCUCAGGCAGCACCUGCGUAUUCGUGGCAUGCCUGUCUCCGGCACCAAGACGGCCCUCAUCGAGCGCCUCCGACCCUUCAAGGACUCCAACUCUGGCUCCUCGCCCUCUGGCUCCUCUGACAUCACCACAGUGACCUUUCCUGUCACACCCACAGGAUCCCUGUCUUCCUACCAGUCCCCGUCCUCCUCCAGCGCCCUGUCCCAGGGAGGAUACUACCCUUACCCCAGCACCUCCUCCUCCCCUCCUAUCUCCCCUGCCUCCUCCGAGCUGUCCCUCAGCGGUUCCCUCCCCGACAGCUUCAGCGACGUGCCCAUGUCCUCGCCGACGCAGUUCGCCCUGCAGCCAUCCCCGGCCCAGCUUGGCAUGGAGGACGGCCUGGGCGGGGGAGGCCUGAGGGCGGGGGAGGGUGGAGAUGGCGAGGAAGCUGAAAAAGAUAAGAUGCUGGUGGAAAAGCAAAAGGUGAUUGAGGAGCUGACAUGGAAGCUGCACCAGGAGCAGAGACAGGUUGAAGAGCUGAGGAUGCAGCUUCACAAGAGGAAACGCUGCUAUGGAGCAACACAGGACACCGUCCCCCCUCAGUCUCCAUGCACCACCAUGCACCACCAGCAGACUCCAGCCAUGAUGGGCCAGCACUUCUUUGGGGUGACUAUCAAGCAGGAGCCCAUGUCCUUGUCCUCCAGCUGCCCUCUGUCCUCUCCCAAACAGCUGAAGAGCUCUGCUGGCAGCUGCAUGGAGGAUAUGGGACACUGCAACAACCCCCUUCCCAAUAUGGGGGGCCCCGGAGGGCCACAAUGUAUGGACACUUCCUCCGGCAGCCCCUCCACAAUGUCUGCUUUCCUCAGUCCACAGUGCUCGCCACAAGACUCCCCCAUUGGAAAACCUCCCAGUAGCCCCCAGCCUUCAUCUCCCAAUAAACCCUACUUGCUGUCACCUUCGCUGGGGAGAGACGGCUGCGGUCCCCCCCAUCCCCACCCCCAUCCCCAGGCCAAUAACAGAGCACGCAACAUGCAGAUGCAGCAGAAGAACGGUGGCCAGGCGAUGAACUGCUCUUAUCCCUCCGACCAGAGAGGCCUUCAGGGAGUCUUUAACAACUCCACUGCUUGUGGCCACAGCAGCUCAACCAAGUCUGACAACCACAAUAUGCAACCAAAGAUGUCAGUAGUGCCCUCUCCUCGGCAUGUUGGCCAAAAGGGCCAGGUCUCUCCCCCUGCCUUCAGUAGCUCAGAUUCAGAUGCAUCAGACUUAAGACAGCCCCCACGCUAUGAGGAUGCAGUCAAGCAGCAACUGACCAGAAGUCAGCAGAUGGACGAACUUUUGGAUGUGCUCAUAGAGAGUGGAGAGAUGCCAGCAAACGCCAGAGAAGAGAGGGAGAGGGCCUCUGUAACCAAAGUUGUGCCUCACAUUACUGUGUCCCCAGGGUGUCCCGGCCUCCUCAUCCCUAGGUUCCACAGACACUACGAACACCUGUCCCCCAGCCAGCUCUCUUACAGCCACUCGGCCAAUCACAUCGCAGAGAGCCACCUGGAGAGUCUGCUGGGCAGUCCCAUUGGCCGGGGAGGGGAGGUGGCUCUUCUUAAAAUGGCUGCCGAGGACGGGGGGCAGGAAGAUGAAGGAAACAGAGACGGCGAAGGGUACGGCAGCCCCCACAACCACCAGCGCCAGCCUCACCAUCCCCAACAGGACAAACUUCUGACCAACAGAGAUCUGAUGGACACCCCUCUGUUGCCCAUCAGUACCAAGUUGUCCUCCGUCUCCGAGGUGCAGGGGAUGGUCAGCAUGACUUUCAGCGAGACGCCGUGGGAGACGAUGGAGUGGCUGGACCUGACGCCGCCCAGCUCGGCCACGGCCUUGGGUUUUGCUCCUCCCAGCGGGCCCAGCAUCUUCAACACAGAGUUCCUGGAUGUCACAGACAUUAACCUGAACUCUGCCAUGGACCUUCACCUGGAGCACUGGUGAAAGCAACACCGCGACACAAGACACCAGCUUACAAGUAGCUGUAGGGAGCGCUGAUUUCAACUAUGACCCUGCCAAAGAACUAUUGAUAUCUACCUUAACAGCUUCAGUCCAAGUGCCAAAAUGUGCCUCUUGUUGGUAAGAGAGAUUAAGUAGUCCAUUAGCCUGCAUUUAAAGAUUGACCCCUUAGUUGAGCUACAGAAUUAUAUAUAGACUUAAUCCCUCCACUUCAGAAAAAUGAGGUUUUGGGGUUUCCAUCAUACCCAGAAUCCAAAGACUAGAAACUUUUUGGACAAGGAUGCGCACAACUGCCAAAUAAGUUAAGGAUGAAAUGGAUUACAUGAUUACAGUGCUUUAUGCCAACAUUUCAUGCAAUAUCAGUGUUAUGCCACCUAGACUUGAAGACACAUUUUGACAAUCGUAUAUUUUCUGAGUCUAUGUUUGUAUUACUGGAAAAAAAUGAAAGGAACUACAAGGUGAAUUGGAUUGCUUGAUACGGCCAUUUUGUAAAUAUCUUAACUUUCUUUACUGACAGACAAUUCUGCAUAUAUUGUCAGCUGUGUGGGAGAAGACACAAACCACAAAAUAUGUAAUCAGUUCAUCAAAUUAUUUAAAUAUGACAGCAUUAUCUCACUGUGCACCUCUAGCUGAAAACACAUUUGUUACAGUUUGCUUGAGCUUACAAUGUGUGUAGAAACAGUAGGCAUACCUUUAAAGUGCCUUUUUUUAAACAAGUUUAUUUUCACUAUUUGGCAUGUUUAACCACAGAAUGACAUUAAGGAGAGAAAUGAAUGUCUUUAAAAAACCUUUGGUUUUAUCGGUUUUAAUAGGCGUCCAAAAUGUGCCUUAUUUGCAGCAGCUUUCUAUAACGACUUUCAUACCACUUUCCCCUUUAUAAUGUAUUAGCCUACUGUAUCUGCUAUUCCCUGAAAGCUGUUGACAGAUAUUAAUAGAAAAAAUCCAACAUAAGUCAACGUCAGUUUUUCAGACAAAUGUUAAAAAAUUGAAAAGAAAAAAUUCAACUUCAUCUCUAUUUGUUCGUAAUAAGUUGCUUUUUGUCCUUGCAAAUUCCACCUUUUCUAUUCCAAGGCCACAGUUAUUUAUUUUGUUUUUUAUAUUUAUACUUUAUCCUGUAUUUAUACUGACAUUCCUUUCUCAUUGAUUGGGGCUCUUUGAUUUAACGGGAAAACUCCAGUGCUGCCAUUUUGACCACGAACAUUUUUUAGUUUAUCAGUUCUCUUAAAAAUGUAAUACAAAAAUGAAGGAACCACUUCCAAAAGCCAUGCUUUCUUAAAUCACCUUUGUUUAAAGAAUCUGAUAAAGUGGACAUUAGUCCAUUAUUAGCACUUGUGAAUAGGAAAAUGUAAUAUAUUCAGAUCCUUACUGUGAACACUGCAUAUAAACACAACAAACGUGUAGCAGAGCCAGCUUAUAGACAGCAGUUAAACUAAUGAGAGGAUUUCAGACUCAAAACACCUCAAAGGUUUGUAGUUUUGGCCUGUGAAUGUCCCUUUCUGUGACAUGUAAAAGCUUAAAGGAAGGAGUUACAUGAGUGGAUCAAUGUUUUAAUCUUCUCAUCAAACUAUUUUGAAGAAAGCAAAUCAAAAUACUUCCCAAAAUGUCAAACUUAUACAUUUCCAACACAUUUCUGUUUUCUGUAAGCAUUGGUCUCACUGUGUGUUCUGUUAGACCAAAUCUUUUUUUUUUUUCCUGUUACUUAUGAAGUGUUGCACUUGUUAAAGGUUUUGUAUGGCACAUGUAGGCUAUGAAUGCCUAUCGUGAAUAUAUGACAAAGCUGAUAUUCCUCACUUCAUGUUUUCUGUAAUAAGAAUAUCUACUGGCCUUUUCACCAUUUUCCCCGAUCAGGAAAAAAUAGAAUCACAUCUGACAGAAGCUUCCAUGUUGCUUGGCCACUCAAUUGCUUUACGAUUGUAAAAUAAAAACUGUACUUGCCUGCAUCCCCGUAUACUACAGAAAGAAGAGCAAUAAAGUUAUCACAGCAAAAUCA